AUGGCAUCUAUUGUAUGUUGGAAUAAUUUACCCAGUGUAGUUUUAUUAGAAAUUUUUAAAAUGAUUUCACAUGAGGAAAGAAUAAACGCGUCCACAACAUGCAAAGAAUGGAGAAAAGCAUUGUUUUUUCCAAAUUUUUGGCGUGAUUUGUCAAUAAAUAUUUAUUCAAAAAAUGAUAAAUAUGCCGUUGAAAGGUGCCAGUUUUUUACAAGAUCAUUUAUUUCAUAUUUACGAACCGUCAGAAUUAUUUUUAGUUACAAAAAAAAUUAUUUAUCUCAAGUAGCUGAAGUUUUAUCGAAAUUAUCGGGAAACCGUCAAAUGAAAAAAUUAUUUUUAUAUGGUUUUGGAAAAUCAUCAGUUAAUCCAAAUUUAAGUUGCUGUGCUGUAAAUCUAAUAAGUUUUUUAGAAAAUGUAAAAAGUUUAGACUCAUUGCACAUUAGUCAUUGUUGGUUAUUAUUAUUAUCUACAAACAACAGUUUAAAAAAGGCUCUUGAAAAGCAUAAAGAUUCAUUAAUUAAUCUUGGAAUUGGUCCAGUUUUAAGCGAUAAUUCUGAAAAUCAAAUAUUAGAACUUCCAGUUGAUUUUUCAGUAUUUCAGCACCUAACUACACUCGGUUUAGAUCAUCUUUGGAUAACUGAUGAAGUUCUAAAACAAAUUUGUAGUAUAAAACUAUUAAAACGACUUAUUUUACUUUUGGAUAAAGAAUUUAAAGGACAUGGAGCUAAUAAUGAAACCUGGGAAUUUUUUCAUAGAUCUCUCAAAGAUGUUAUGAGAAUAUUUUCAAAACCAAUGCCAGUGACACACAUAAAAGUUCUUUACUGUGAUAAGGUGAGUCUUUCACUUAUGUCAAUUUUUUCCUCCUUCAAAAAUCUCAAGUCUGUAUGGUGUUUGGCAGAAGAUGUUUUAGAAGCUCUUCUACCAGAACAAAACCCUCUAGUCAUAUGUGCCUGGACUUGCCGAAAACUAGAGGAAAUUGUGAUUGUGGGCAAAUUGCGUGGUUCAAAUUUAAAAAGGUUGGAAAUAUCUUCUUCGAAUAUAGUUAAGUUAAUAGAUGUAGACAACACGAAUAAUUGGGCAUCAAGAAAUUUAUUUACCACUGAAAUGAAUUUAUUUAAUAAAAUGAUGUCGAAAGCCCUAGGAAGAGCUUGGUCACCCCUCGACAAUACAGCAUUUAAAAAAUCAAAUUUAUCAUCGUGUGAUAAUGAAAUUAAUAAUAUUGUUGAUAUUUUAUCCAAAGACUAUCAGAAUUAG